ACUGGUUGUUCACAGAGGCAGGGUUGUUCCCCUCCCUCUGAUCAUGUUUCAGGAGUGAAACAGGCCGUUCACGCACGCUGUCUCGAGCAGACGAGAGUUGGAGCAACAGAAGUUCGUAGCAGACGAUAUCGGGUCGCGUCUUUCAAGUGUGACUCAGGGAGUGCAACGCUCGUCCUUUCAAGCGAGCUGUUGUGUAUUUUGUACCUGUGGCUGAUUGGCCGCUCAACGCUGAAGGUGGGUCGAAACAAGCUGACCUGGAUAGCGGCUUACUCUGAGUUGUGGGAGCGAUAUAGUUAUGAAUACUUUGUGAACAGGCUGGGACGGUUAUGAAUGCAUGCUUGUUCGCCAUCUACUGUUGUUCGGCGAGGUAGGAAGGUCGCCUCACCCACCGCCUGUUUCUGAAAGGACGACACACGACAGUGUGUGAACGCAGGAAACGUUUGAGGAGUGUUUCAUCGCAACAGUAGGUGUCUGUGGGUUAGAUACAUCGUCGGCAUUUAGGAACAGGACCUGAUGCGAGUCGUAUGACAACUGUGUUUCUGAAGCUAUCCCAAGCCAAGUUCCCAUGUUUGGAUAUUAACUACAUGUGCUAAUAGAGGCUGCGUUUGUAGCAGACGACAAGGGACGAUGACACGGGAGGCUCCUCUCUCGUGUGUUGUUGUGAUUCUCCUUUCCGUAAUAGCUUGCUCGGAGGCUUUGACAUUCGGUGGAGACAUAACAACAUAUGCCAAAUUUCCCAAAUGGAAUGCCUGCAUCAACUCUUCUCUGAAAUUCGAGUUCAAGACCAGAAAGGAAGACGGCCUGUUGAUGUAUACAGAUGAUAACGGUCGUUACGACUUCUUCCAACUUGCCCUGAAAGGAGGACAGGUAAGAUUAUGGAUGAACGUGGUUGACGAAAAGGAUGGCGUGGUGCAGCUCGUGGUGGGCAAGAACCUCAACGACGGCAGGUGGCAUAACGUUGAGGUGAAGAGGAACAGAAUGAACACCACUCUGUUUGUGGACAGCUAUCAGAGUAGCAUGAUGUCCUUCGGAUCUGAUUUCCAGUUUGGAGAUCUUUACGAAAACAACUACGUCUUCUUUGGUGGCAUCCCUGAAGGAUACGAGGAUAAUCUGAAAGGAUUGGCCCUCCCAUCGUCCAUGUUCGAAUCUCGAUUCAAAGGAGAGAUUCGGAAUAUCCUUUACUUCAACUGCACAUGUAUACCUGUACGUGCGGAAAUGAUUGACAGUACGAACGUGUCCCGGAUACCCAGGGAAGCCUGCGAGAAGACCAACAACUGUCCAAGCCACUGUGCUUGUAUCAGUUUAGAUGAAGGCCCCGGGUGUGAAUGCUUUGAAACUCGACAAUGUGCAGACCAGUUUACCACCCGGUACUACCUUCCUAUGGACCAAGUGAACAACCGUGACCUUUGGAAUCCUUCCGGUCUGGACUCAAGGGUCUAUGGAGGCCCGGAUCUCAUCCAAGGCGCAAUCAAGAAGGCGAUCCGACUGAAUGGACGGACGCAGUAUAUCCGAGUAACGGGCCCUGGACAUAAGCGGGAGUGCUUUGGAAACUUGAAGGAAUGCUCUACAGGGUACUAUCUAGGAAUGUGGCUCAAGUUUGAUGGCGUUGGCAAUAGGCGUGGCGUGUACCUCUCCAACGGCGGCCACAGGUCGGACAACCACGGCAUCGCCAUGUACUACUCCAAGGGAAAGCUGGAGUACGUCUUUAAGAAACCCGACGGCAACGAGUGGACUGUCAUGUACGACAACCUUCUUGAAGGCCGGUGGUACCACGUGGCGGCUUCUUGGUCGGACUCCAUUGGACUCGUACUGCACAUUAACGGCGAACAGGUCGCUCAUGAUAUGAAGCCGACGAGAAGAUCGCCAGCGAGGGCGAAUGCCCGUUACAACGACUUCGUCAUUGGUCGGGCUAACGACAGGACGGGGACGGACAGACUGGGCGUCAUGACUGUGGACGAAGUGUUCUUUAUGUCCAUGUACAGGACCUUGAAAGAAAUUCGAGAAACGGGUCCAUUCUACAAAUACAACCUCAACUUUGACCAACUACAGGGUGAUCGAAUCUCUUCCUCCACGACCGAGGCGAUGGUCAGCCCGGGGGUGCGGCUGGUCCCUGGGAGGGUGGGGAGUGCUGUCAACUUGAGAGGUGGCUCUGAUUACGUCGACCUUGGCGACGUGAACGGUCUGUGCAUGGGCGACCUCAUCAACUGCCGCUAUGGGUUCUACGCCUCGAUGUGGGUGUCCUUCACAAGACUUGACAGCAACACACGUUACCUCUUUUCAUCACCAAAAGGUGUAAACGUCUUCUACACCGACAACCGUCUUCACGCCACCGCCUCCAUGUUUGACAGAUUCUGGGAGACCUACUACCAGGGCAUCACCACGGGCGUCUGGUACUUCCUGGAAGUCUCCUGGUCGAGAGAAAUGGGUCUCACCCUUUAUCUGAACGGAGUGAGGGUAGCCAGCCAGCCCACUGAUAAACACAAGAGCAUUCCUACCACCAACGACAAGAAGUUUUACCUUGGCCGGGCCAAUAACCCCGAGAGCUGGCAAAGGGGAGCUAACGUUGCUAUUGACAACUUCGAGGCAUUCUACGCUGACAGAGACAAGUUGAUUGAUGUUGGUUUCAUUGAAAGAAUUCGUCCAGUUGUUUACAAGUUCCCAUUACAAAAUCUUGAAGGAAAUCGUAUCCGUCACCCGUCCAUGGUCGUACGGACAUACGGAAAUCCAAAUAUGGUUCCUGGAAAGCUUGGCAAUGCUAUUAGACUGGAUGGUAGGUCCCAGUACGUAGACUUCGGCGACCACGCUAACACUUGCUUCGGCAACCUGGACAACUGUAACCAUGGUGCCACCAUUGCCUUGUGGAUGAAGCCAGAGAAGUUCCAGAGAGAUGCUUACUACUUCUCCACAGGCGGGAAUGGUAUAACCAUGUGGUACAAGAACAGACGUCUGCACGUCUCGGCCAAAACCUCCACGAAUACCUGGGAACUGUCCACUGAUGCUAUAGAUCCGAAGAUGUGGAACCAUGUGGAGGUGUCCUGGUCUGAGGAGAAGGGACUCCGUCUGUUCUCGGACAACCAGUUGGUGGCUUCCUCGGACAAGAGAAUGCCAAGGUCAUCCAGUAGUGGUGACAGUGGUCGUGUGUACCUGGGGAGAGGUAAUCUGGACAUGAGCACUGCCAAAUAUGGUGCUGGUCAGUAUGAUGAAAUGGAAUACUGGUACGCGGACAGGGACUACUUGUCUGCCUUCGGCUACAUCCACCGAGGUAAACCAAAGAAUUACAUCAUUGAUAUGGAAGAAAUCCAGGGUAAUCGUCUCGUCCACACCUCACUGCCAAUCCGCGUUGUCGGUAACGCGCGUCUCAUCCCCGGUAAAGUCGGCAACGCCCUGCAAGUCAGAGACCGAAGUCAGUUCCUGGACAUUGGAGACCGUUCAGAAGAAUGUAUGGGUAACCUUAAGAAGUGUCUUCAGGGGAUCACAAUAUCAGCCUGGAUUCGGUUCAAUAGAUUCGAGAACAACAUGGUAUACCUGUCUACUGGGCGUCACGGCCUCGUUCUGGUUUCCCGUAAUGGCUACCUAUACGCCAGCGCCAAGGGUGGGACUGAAGUAUCCAUCCCGUACCCCCAACAGGGCCGAUGGUAUUACACGGAGAUCUCCUGGUCACCUGACCAUGGCCUUGAAUUUUAUCUCGACAAUAAACUAGUAGCCAGUGACCCGGAUGCAAAGCUUGAAGACAUUAACGUUCGUUAUCCCGGAAGUUUCUACGUUGGCCGUGGUAACCAUGGUGAUACACCAAGCGGGGGAACUUCUACUGGCGGGAGUUUUGAUAUCGACGAGCUGGAAAUAUUGUAUGGCCGGCGUGAUGAUCUGUUAGCAUUGGGUUACAUCGACAGACCGGAUUUCUAUGGCUAUGAGGCUUUCUUCAUGGAUGAGGCAAAUGGACCACGCGUGGUUCAUCCCAAAUAUAAUGUAACUCUAGUGAAUGGCGCUCGUCUGCAAAGAGGAAAGAUCGGUAAGGCUGCCUCCCUCACCAGAGGAGGGCAAUACGUAGACCUAGGACCUCACAAGGACAAGUGCAUGGGUAACCUUGUACUCUGCAAGCACGGGAUGACAAUCUCCUUCUGGAUGAGGCCAAGGAACCUGCGCGAGGGUGACGUCUUCCUAUCAAGUCCAACUUACUCCGUGUACUACCACAACAGAGAACUUGUCAGCAAGUUCAUGACGCCCGAGAAAUCUUGGACCGUCUCCACACCUAAUCUGAGAACUAACAGAUGGCAGAGGGUGACCCUUUCCUGGCAUCCCAUCAAAGGUCUGAAGAUGUACCUGGACGACAAAGAGGUGGAUAGUGCUGUUGGUGUUGAUGAAGCUCAAGGAGACGCUCCGGUUGGCAGAAACAUCUUCAUCGGCAAGGCUCUAGAUGAAGUAAACCCGACAAACACUGCCGAUAUUAUGAUGGAUGAACUCCAGAUUUGGGAUGAUGACAUUGACCAACUUAGGAGUUCUGGGUUGUAUGGAGUUGCUCCUAAGGAAAUACGCAUAGACCUGUCCCAGUACAGAGGUGGAUACAUAUAUCUCGACGGGCGUACCAUCCGAGGAUACGGUGGAAUCCAAGUCGUUGAUGGUCGUGGUGCUCCUUCUCUGAGGCUGAAUGGCAACCAACAGUACCUGGACCUUGGAUCCAACUUCACGUGUGCGGGUGACUUAGAGACUUGCAGACAGGGUGCUACAGUUCGGUUUGCUGUACGCCCACAACGUCUAACGAAUGGAAUGUACUUUAUCGACAGUUUUCCCGUGUCUGUGUAUUACCGGGACGGUCGUUUGAACGCAGAAAUGCAGACACCGGACAGAAAAUGGGAAGUAUCUGCAGCAGGCUUUGACCCUGGGAGGUGGCAGCAGGUGGAUUUGUCGUGGCAUCCAACGUACGGUCUGACGAUGUACCUGAACGGACAGAGGGUUGCUUCUCAAAGAGUCCCAACCUUCAGAGCACCAGUGACGAACCGGGAGUACAGGACGUUCUUUGGAGGCCCGCUGGUGCCGGGACAAGACAGGACAUACGUGAACGCCGACCUGGAGAAUUUGGAAGUGUGGAAUUCUAGGAGGGAGACUGUCCCCCUCUAUGUUCCUCCUGUCAGACCGACGCGGGCACCAGUCACCCCUGCACCCCCGAGGGUAACUCUCCCUCCCUGGACUAUACCUCCCCGUAGGACCCCUUCGCCACGUUUUCCCCGUAUAAAAAUAUCCGUUACUGGUGGCCAGAGACCUCGUAUAAUUGGAGACAAUGGAGUUAGAAGUGAUGGACAAACGACUAUCAUCAGACUCACUGGUAACGGCUACGUCAAUUACGACUUUGCCAGACUUCCAGCAGAAUUCAUCCGACAGACAAACGAGGAAGAGAUAACCUUCUACUUUCUCACUGACCAGGAGAAUGGUCUUGUCUGGCUCCAAGAAGACCCGGACCGUGUCAUGUACAUGAGCAUGAAGGAUGGAUAUCUCCGCUACGUCAACGACCAGGAUCCUUACGGCCCACAGGAGGUGAUGAUCAGACCGCAAAAUGGUGCCCGCUUCAACGACUGGUCCUGGCACUUUGUCAAUAUUUCCAGAAUAGGCAGAGACAUUGAGAUCAAAGUGGACAAUAAUCACAGGGCUCGUUACACGCUUCCACAAUCAAGUCGAAACCUUCAUUUUCUGACCCGGUCGAAUGUGUACCUAGGGGGUCACCAUGACCCAACUGACGUCACUGGUGGACUGGUGGACAGGGGACUGAAUGGCGGCAUAGCCAAGGUCCUCUACACUACAAAAUCGCCUCAAGAAAUCAUCUACGUGAAUCUUAUCUCACAAGGAAAAGCGAGCAUCCAUGGACCCGUUCGCUUUGUGAAUGGAACCAUUGGCAGAGUAAGCCCACCGACUUACCCACCACGUACUACGAGACCCCCUGCCACCCCUAAGCCAAGACCUAUCGGCCCUGGGCCCAUAACUUUCAGGUCAUCCAGCGUCCGUCUCGAACUGCCUCGAGUCCAGAUCAACGACGGGACGAUCAUGUCAUACAAAUUCCAGACUAUCGAAGAAAAAGGGUUGAUGUUGUAUACCUACGGGAGUCCACGGAAACCAGGGGCCUUCUUCGCUGUUGAAAUGUACGACGGCAAACUCUACUUCGUGUACAACUUCGGCGACGUCGCUCACCGAAUACAGUUUUCAGAACGUGACGUCUCGGACGGUCAACAACACUCUAUUGAAGUCCGUUUCUACAACAACUACAUCAUUUUGAUGCUGGACGGGAAACAGAAGAGGAUUGAUCUGAACAGCAGAGAAGGACUUCCCAUCGCGUUCCAGCGCGCUUUGUAUCUCGGAGGGUACACAACAUACAGCAAUAACCUCGCGGAAAGCAGUCGUCUCCCUUGGCAUAUUUGGUCCCGGGAUGGCUAUCAAGGAUGUUUUGAAGAUUUCAAGAUCGACCGCAAGAGGCUUGAUCUCCACCAGUUGGCCGUAUCCCAGAACGUGUUCGGUAACGUUGACCGUCAAUGCCUUGCGAUGCCCCGAAAGUGUCAGCUGAACCAGAUGCCUUGUGUGCAUGGAGGAUGCAGAGACACCUGGAACGGCUAUGUUUGCGACUGCUCCAACACCGCCUACACCGGCAAGAACUGUGACAUAGCUGCCUUAGUAGGAUCAUUGAACGGUCAGCAGUUCGGACACCUGCCAGUUCUCUCAUUAGGCACUCACACCAAUGACCUGUCUCUCCGCUUCAAGACCCCCCUCAGCAACGCCUUCCUCUUCCAGACCUAUACAGGGGAAUCGGACGAGUAUCUCCGGGGAAUCCUGGAAGAUGGACGCAUCAAGGUCACCACUAACCUCGGAGGUGUAGUGAAGAGGUACUACGCAGGUGAAGGUCUCAAUGACCUCGACUGGCACAACCUGUACAUUCGUCGUCGUGGAAACCAGAUAGAACUCUGGGUGGAUGAUUUUCCGUCUCAACUCGGCAAUCUCAAUGGCGAAAAUUUCUUCUUCGAUAUUGAGCGUAUAUAUCUGGGAAGUCUAAAGGGUUCUGACAUCAACGUCAAGAAUUACCCGAACUACAUCGGAUACAUGCAGAACUUCCGCAUUAAUGAAAUAGACGUUCUGAAUGAGCUUCAGAGGAUGGGGGCAGGCACCGUGAACUUCACCAUCUCCACCAUCCCACAACUUCCUCCCCUCAUCUACAACCCUGUUACUGUCACAUCUCGCAAUACCUACGUCCAGCUCGAGACUCUGCGAGUUCCCCCGAGAAUGGUGCUCUCGUUUAUGUUCAAGACCCAAGAGUCGAGUGGAGUCAUAUUGUUCAAUGGCGGACUUAACAGGGAGUUCAUCGCCCUGGAGCUGUAUAAUGGAUACCUGCAUUUCACCUUUAACACAAGCGAUAGCGCAUCUGCCUUGAGGAUAAGCACUCCCCAGUCUCUUAAUGAUAAUAAAUGGCAUCAAGUUAUUCUCCGACGUAAUGGAGACGGCAAGAGCUUUACUGUCUCAGUGGAUGAAUACAGGUCAACGCUUGGGAGUGAAACAGCGGAUGGGCGGCUGGAUCUUCAGGGGCCUCUCUAUAUCGGCGGUUUACCAAAUAAUUUGUUCUCGCAGGAAUAUAUAAUGAAGGCUCUCCUGUCCAAGACUGGGUUCCAGGGAUGUCUGGCUUCCAUCGAUAUGAGUGGUGCUGUUCCCGACCUUCUGAAAUAUUCCAGAGGGAACCCCAACGUUAUAAGUGGCUGUACAGAUGUUAUAAAUGAAGUUUGUCUGGUCGACUCCUGCAAGAACUUCGGUGUCUGUAUACCUGCAGGGGAUCGCUAUUUCUGUGACUGCAACAUGACGUCAUACAUUGGAACUAUCUGUACUGAAGAGGCUACAGGAUUCCGAUUCAUGGAGAAUAAUAAGCCUGGGAUACUGGUAUACACCUAUCCUCCUCUCGAGCGUCCCAGCACCAUGCACGACGACAUCGCCCUCGGCUUUAUGACGUAUGAGAAGGACGGUGUCCUCAUGCGAGUGAAGAGUCAGUACCUGGAUGAUUUUAUUGAGCUGCGAUUGGAAGAUGGAUACGUUGUUGCCGAAUACCUGACGGACAUUAACGGAAAUCCCCAGCCAAUUGUCCAGUCAUCCCGGAGGUUAAAUGACGGAAAGUAUCACCAGGUUCGCUUCUUGAGGACCAGCAAUAACGCCACAUUGUUCGUGGACACUUUACCUGGAAAGACCAUCCUGCAUUCUUCUCGACAUGGUUUAUUCGACAAACAAGGCACCAUCUAUAUUGGCGGUUUCCAGGAGAAAGGAGUAACCAAGAGUGCAUUCAAUGGCAUUAUUGCCGGUCUCCAUAUCAAUGGCUUGCACGUCUUGAAUAAAGCGGCGAAUAAGCAGAGUACCCUCUGGUCGGGAGAUGUUGUGGUGGCCCCCAAACCAUUUACCUUGACCAUUAAUCAAACACCACGACCCCCGACGUGGAUCACGCCUACAAAUCCCAUAAUACCACCAUUUGUACCACCCACACCCAGUCCGCCAGUUACGGACACGUUUGUGCCACCCGGCGUUGGAGGUGGUGGAACAGGGUGGACUGGCGGUGGCGGUGGCGCCGGCGGUGGCGCCGGCGGUGGAGGUACGGGAGGUGUCGGCAUUGGCGUUCUCCCAUCAGGAACAGGAGGAUCCGGAGUUAUGACAGGGCCUCUCGCUCAGCCAGUGGCAGCAGCGGCAGUAGCUGCACCCCCAGUUCUAGGAGCAGGAGGACCCAGAGCUGGAGUCGUGGUUGGAACAGUCCUUGGAAUCUUGGCUUUGAUGAGCAGUUUGAUGUGGGCUUUCUAUCGAUGCAAGCCCGGCUACUGCGGCGGUUGUGCUGGUCCUGCUACCGCUGCUCCUAUAACCAUAUCCCCACCUAGACCCGGCAAUAACCUUGGUGUUGUCCAAGCCCUUAGCGGAUCAGGCGCUGGCGCAGGCGCAGGUGCCGGAGCAGGUGGUGGAGGGGUCAAGAUUGUCAACGGUUCACCCACCCACGGAGCUGGUGGUGGGUCCAGUGCUGCCUUCUCUAGCUACUUCGCAUCUCAAUCAGCAGGAGGUGGCGGUGGAGGAGGAGGAGGAGGAGGAAGCGCUGGCUAUGAUUCUGCAACUCUCAGAGCAACAAAGACAUUCACAAGUUCAGGAACCACAAUCGGAACACCCAAGCCAGCCAGAGCAAAUCUCGGAUCCACAACAUCUGGAGCCAGUGGCUAUUCAUACAAUCAAAACACAAUGGGCCGGUCAGUAGUUGACGGAACAUCAAACGUUCAUGGUGGAAAUUCAGUAUCGUCAUACCAUUAUGAAGGUGGCAUGGCUGAUUACGACAUGGCACCAGGAAUAAGCGGAUCGGCAGCAAAUUACCAAAGCAAUACCAUGGGCCAUGCCGGAUACUCUACCUCGACAAUGUCAUCCAAUUUCAACUACCAAGUACAAAGUGUGAAAACAGUUACAGGACAGCAACAGAUGAUGGGAUACGCUGGAUCACCGAAUUUUGCCGCGGCCCCUGGAGCGAUGGGGGAGGAAGUGAGAGUCGACUGUUGUCUUAUUACUGCUGAUGGGCGGAGUGUUGUUACCGGAUCCAGCUUAGGUCCACCCCAGGUCUGGGAUAUGCAGAGUGGUGAACUAUUACGUAUAAUGAAAGGAGAUACAGUAGGCUCGACAAACUUACACUUGGCCUGCAACGACAGGCUGUUGGUUGGAGCCGUGAACGCCGACCUUGAAAUCAACAACUUUUCCAUCGGCAAGGGAGUCACAAACAGGAGGCUACAGAUCUGGGACUUCAGCACUGGACGUCCUCUAGAGAUGUCCGAACAAGAAUACUGUUCAGCGUUGUGCGUCAUGGGAGACGGAGACAAAGUUAUUUUUGCCCGCACAGACAAGUACGGAUCUGGAACGGAGGUGGUCCUCUGGGAUCUCAUGGGCAACCAACCUAUUAAACAUAUGAAAUAUGAUUGCCCAAUUGGAAACAAUGACUUUGUCAACUACAUUAACCUUUCUCAGAACAAUCGCUACGUGUUGAUAGGCUUUACUGUCGACAAUAACACCGAAUAUGUUGUGUUUGAUAUGACAAUCACCAGCUUCAAUGUUUUGGAGCCCAUCUUCCGUUCUUUCGACGCCAACCCUGAUUGCACGGCCAUCUUACCACGUGACGAAGCCGUUACAGGAUUGCGUAAUGGUGACCUGUUUAUUUGGAGCUUGCGCACUGGCGAGGCUAGCCGUCAGUUGGUUUCCGGUGCAAGUGGGCAUGCUCACAACCGCGAGAUUAAGGCCGUGGCGUUGUCUGACGACAACAGAUACCUGGUGUCGGCUUCUGCUGAUGGCACACUGAAGGUGUGGGACAUGACGACAGAGAGGCAGAUUCACACUCUGGUUGGACACUCUGAUGAGGUAUGGUGUGUAGCGAUCUCACCCGACUCGGAGAUUUGCGUUUCCGGUUCACGUGACGGAACCAUCCGCCUAUGGCGUCUCAAGAACGGAUCUGAAAUCUGCGCCUUCAACGCUGGGGUCGAUGAAUUCCACGUCACCAUGAGCCAUGACAAGAGUACCAUUGUUGCCCUUGGAGACAAAUAUGGCGCCCGGAAGUUGAUCAUGUUGCAGGUCGUGCGCAGCAAGAUUCGACGACAGCUGAGCUCUUAAAUACUUCUGUCUAGAAAACCAAGAGUUGCCUCCCUUAUCUCAUGUGGCUGCAGUAAUCUCACGUGCAAUGUAUUUAUUCAACAACCGCUGCUUUUAUGAUACUGUGUAAUGCGACUUAACGUAAAUCUGUAUUACAGACCCACAUCUGGAAAGCCAAAAAUAUGUACGUAUUCCUGUAACACAAGAUAUGAUACAACGAUCUCAAUAUAGUUUAUACCUUUGUAUAUAUAUUAUGAAAUGUAAUUUAAUUCUUUUUCAAUAUAACUCUUAUCUGUUGAUUUGAAAUUCGAAAUUAAUGUUAACAAUAAAUAUACUAGUAUCUAAGUUUCUCAAUUUAUUACAUUAUUUUAAUGAUGUGUGCUAUAUCGGUAAUAUGUAAUUGUAAUAAUUAAGGAAACUAGCACGUCUUUAGGGUUUAUUUUAUAAUAACAUUGCUACCUGCCGUUAAUAUCAGCCUUUUUGUUUACAUAUAUAUUUUAAAUGAAGUAUGAAUAAUUAUAACUGGGUUCUGGGAUGUGCGCAUGCGUUUAUUUGCACGUGCACUGAGCUCAGCGUGCAGUCUUGCCAUAAGCCCUAUUCCAUAUAACCUCGAUAUACAUUCAAAGUGAGUGAGGGAGCAGGACGAAAUCAAACAUAAUUAUGUCGAGUCCUUAAGUACCUACGCACGAUUUUCUUCAAAUUGAAGAAAAGAUGGAAAAUACUCGUCAUGUAUAUUUGCCAUAAUAUACCAACGAUUCAUGAAUAAUGUAAGUCCAAAAAUCAAAGAUCAACGUUCAUGAUUUGAGUCACUUCCGGCGAAAGGACAUUACCGGAAGUGCGUAUGAAUCUCCAAAACUGAAUGAAGAACUAUUUUGUAAUACGUUUACGUGUUUCAUGGUGCUACCGUUCUUGUAUCCUCCCAAUAGUGCCUAGAUAGUGCAUAACAAAUUACCACGAAGUCUUUUAACCCACAAAUAGGUUUGACACAGUUAGUAAUGCUCUGUCUUGGUUGUAUUGUUCUGUAAGAUGCUGUUAAAUCUUUGAACUUUUUAUUUGUAUUUUCAUGCAGUUUAAUAUAUUCUUUUUACAUGUAUAUGUGUAUUUCUGAAGUACGCCUGCCAUUAUUUGAAAUAUCUUGUGAUUGUAUGGCACAACACCUUAGAAAUAAAAGUUUGUAUGAUUAAAAUUAAGGCUUGUUUAUAUAA